AUGCCAUCCUUGAUAUCCCUCCCCUCGGAAGUGUUGGGGGAAAUUGGGAGUCACCUGUAUGUCGAGGACCUGGGAAAUGCCUCGCUUGGUUGCAGAGUCCUAGAACACAGUUUGCGUGUUCACCUGUUCCGGGGGAUGACAUUUACUGGUCAUAGAACAGCAGUCGCGGAAGCGCUUUUGCGUUUCCUGUCAAACAGGAACGGAUCCCGUCCUCAGGCCAUGGGCAGAAUAUGCCGUUCCCUUAGGAUCGUGGUGAUGCCACAAAACAAUGACACUUUCGACGAAGGCAGAGAAUUCCUUCCCGCUCUCCUCAUGUCCACGAAGAAAAGCUUGCCUGGCGUCGUUUGCUUGUCUCUUUCUCUACAUGGACUGUCGAACUCCGAGAUUACCGCCUUUCACAGAAUGCUGAAGGAGGGUCCCAAUUGGGACGCGCACUCUCUGCGAAACGCCAGCGUGGAUGGUCUUGAUGUUGUUCCCGAAAUGGGUCAACACGGGGUAGCCCCCAUCAAGGAAGGCUGCCCGAGUCUUCGCAGACUUCGGGUCUGCUUCAGGAACCCCCUACACGACUUUCCUCAACAUCUCAAUGGAACCGCUCAGGUCAAGCUCAAUCAGCUCGAAAACAUCGAACAGCUCAUCAUCCAAGAGAGUGCCGGAGCAUCCAACGCGUACCCCAUCGGCGGCAUAUACCGACCGAUGUAUAUCAUCGGCCGUCUCUGCGCAAUUGCAGACUCUCUGAGAGAUAUGACAUCGCUGAGACAAAUCUCGAUGGUCUUCCACCCAAGAGUAAUGACUUGGAUAAGUCGUCCUGCCUUGAGACUGAUUCCCGGACAGGGCCUCCGGAUAGAACUCGAUACCUUCUUGGCCGCAGCCAUCAUGGCGAUGGGAGAGAGGCUGUCUCAUGUGGGUGAAAUCUGUCUGGUUGAGAAUAAUGCCAUUUUGAGCGGUGUCAAUAUGAUACACCGCGGUGUUCGGGAUUCUGACGGUGAAAUGGCCGUCAGAAUCGAGUCCCCCGGUCAUGAGAACAGUUUCCCCCUUAACAUUUCUCACUAA